GUAAACAGUGAGCGAUCAACAGGUGUGGUGACCGAACCAUUGAGGCGCCUGGUGGGCCUCACCCUUCCUGCCUCUGUGAGCAGUGUGGGGCCCUCACUACCCCGCCACCACUCUUAGAGGACCACCACGCCUCGAGGACCACCACGCCUCGAGGACCACCACGCCUCGAGGACCACCACUCUUAGAGGACCACCACGCCUCGAGGACCACCACGCCUCGAGGACCACCACGCCUCGAGGACCACCACGCCUCGAGGACCACCACUCUUAGAGGACCACCACGCCUCGAGGACCACCACGCCGGUCUGGCCCCGUCCUGUAGCUGGUCCUUGUGGACCACGUCGUCCAGACUCGCUCUCCUGUUUCAGAUAUGGAGCACCUGGUGACGACUCUGUAUUGAUAGCUGACUCGCCUGCAUUGAUGAUGGCUGACUCACCUGUAUUGAUGAUGGCUGACUCGCCUGCAUUGAUGAUAGCCGACACAUCUUCACUGAACACUAGGGUUUAAAUGCAUUUAGACAUCCUUCACGGUCUUAAAGAGAACUACUGGGAUCUAAUCUGGGACAUCCACUUGACACAUGCAUCGGGGUCAUCGGGAGCUCAGUGUCCUGUGAAUAUAGAAUCGUCUGAAGGAUCCACUCUACCGCGACAUUUCCAUUGACCUGUUUCAGACAUGGACGAAAAGGACAGCGAUGAGGAAACUAUCGUUUUUGAUGCUGAUGUGGCCAGAGUGUACAGAGAGGACCAGGGGACUUCACAUGAGUACCCUAGGAAUCUUCACGUCACUUCACAUAUCAGUGAUGGCCCCACACAGGAGAUGAGGCCAGAAAUGUUUAUAACCCAGGAGCAUAAUAAUCAGGAGUCAACCACUGCUGCCUCUUUUAGUUCCUGGGAUAAUCCCACGAAAUGCUAUCCAAAGCAAAACAGUGGCCUUAGUUCUUGUUCUCAACCACGAGAAUACCAUCAUAAACUAGCAGACAAUACUGCUGCCUCCAGUGGCUGGCCUCAACCACAGGCUGACUAUCGGAAGCCAAGUAAUGUUAGUGCUUCUGACAAUUUUCGCCCUCAACCAAUAAAUAAUGUUCAGCCAAACCAGAGACGACUCGAUAAUCACAGUAAUGAAGCCUUAGGUUGGAAUAUAUCUGCCUGGCUUACAUCUGUAACAAAAGAAAGCAUUAAUGGACUCUUGCAACAGCCUACAGUAGAGCAGAGAGAUAAUGUAUCAUAUUCAGCAAGAGAGAACCAAAGAGAUAUUUGUGUCACAGAAGAGAGAGAGAGUAAUUUGCAGAGACCAAUAUCGGCAUACCCUUUCAUUCCUAAUACAUUGUCAAAUGAUGGCAGUGAGAGAUAUCAUAAUGUGGAAGGAGAGGGUUCUGCAGACUCCAGCAAUCCAUAUCAUUCAAAUGCAUUUUUGUAUAAUGAACAGCAGAAAUUACCUUUCUUAACAUUUAAAAACUCAAACAAUCGAUACAAUAUAAUGAAAAUUCAAAAAGAAGUUAUUAAGCGAACCUCAUUAGGAUUAACAGAAUUUAUGAAGGUAAAUGAAAAUGUUAUCAAUAAGAGAGCAUGGAUGAAGGUAAUAACUCCCAGAAGUCAAAGUUCAAAUGACUUUAAAAGUGCAACAACUUCAGCUAUUCCAGAAAGGCGUUCCACGAACAAUUUUCCUGAGCCUACAGUAAAUAUUCCAUCAGUAAAAGAGCUUGAAAACAUUUUAAACACAGUUGCUGCUAAAAACAAUUACAAAAGCUUGGAACAAACACACAAUAAAAUGCAAAAUCAAAAUGUAGAAGAAUCUUGUAAAGAAGAUAGUGAAAUUGAAAUUAUUUACCCAGGAAACACUUCUUUACAAGAUUCUUCUUCAAUAGAGAGAGAGAGAAUUCCAUCACAAGAAACAACCAUACCUCCACAAGCUCAACAAGUAAACAAUGAUUAUUUACCAGCUAUCUUGGAACAAAAGGAUGAGACAUUUUCAGAACAAAAACUAAAUAUUUCUCCAGAAAAUAAAGUUAGUGACAUUGAGUGUGUGUAUAUAAGUGAUUCCAAUUCUCACAAGUCGUCGGAAGAAAAUGUAGUUAGUGUGCCAGGGCAAAUAGGAAAGAAUCUUUCAAAAACAAAACCAGUGAAAAAAGACAAUGAUUCUAUGCAAGAUACAUCAGUAGUAGAGAGAGAGAGAGUAUUGCAGCAACAUGUAAGAUUUACUUCACAUAUUCCACCAAUUGACAAUCAGGACCAAAUAGACAGUGACUUUUCUAAAACAGUCUCAGAUGAAGAGCUAGAAGGACAUUCUCAAAGUUUAGAUGCCGAGCAAGAUAGAUACUCUCGGGUUUCAAGUACAGAGAGAGAAGUACAUCAUGAGGGACUCAGAUCACCCAGAGUCACCUACGACAGAGUAAAUAAUGAAAAAUCCCAAUUACCAGUAUGUAAAUUUUAUGUGAUUAAUAAGUGUGCCAAGGGUAAACGGUGCCCAUAUAGCCAUACGUCUCCAAAGAGAAUGUCAACAAAGAACAUUGCCUGUCGGUACCAUCGCAGUGGUGCAUGUACAAGAGGAACCAACUGCUGGUACAGUCAUGGAGAUGUAGUGGAUAUGGGGCACAGUAAAGUUGACAAAUGUAAAGCAAUUCCUGGCAGUAGUAAAGCAGUUAAUAUAACACUUUGUAGUAAUGUUAAUACAGCUUCAGGCAAUGGAAAAGCAUCUUCCAGUAAUAGUAAAGGAUUUUCCAACAAUGAUAAACCAUCUUCAAGAUACGAUAAACCAUCUUCAAGAUAUGAUAAACCAUCUUCAAGAUAUGAUAAACCAUCUUCAAGAUAUGAUAAAUCAUCUUCCAUCAAUGAUAAACCAUCUUCAAGAUACGAUAAACCAUCUUCAAGAUAUGACGAACCAUCUUCCAACAAUGACAAACCAUCUUCAAGAUAUGAUAAACCAUCUUCCAACAAUGCUGAUGCGUCUUCCAACAAUGAUAAACCAUCUUUAAAAUACGAUAAACCAUCUUCCAACAAUGACAAACCAUCUUCAAGAUACGAUAAACCAUCUUCCAACAAUGAUGACGCGUCUCCCAGCAGUAGUGAUGAUGAUGACGGUCCUGAGAUAGAACAUUCUGUGGGAGCAUUACUGAACUCUUUAAGAUUCUCUACAAAGAGCUCGGCUUCUCCAGCAACUCAAAAAGUCUCGAGUAAAGCUACCCAACAGACUAAAGUCCCAAGUAAAGCUACCCAACAGGCUGAAGUCUCAAGUAAAGCUACCCAACAGAUUAAAGUCCCAAGUAAAGCUACCCAACAGGCUGAAGUCCCAAGUAAAGCUGCCCAACAGGCUGAAGUCUCAAGUAAAACUACCCAACAGGCUGAAGUCUCAAGUAAAGCUACCCAACAGGCUGAAGUCUCAAGUAAAGCUACCCAACAGGCUGAAGUCCCAAGUAAAGCUACCCAACAGGCUGAAGUCUCAAGUAAAACUACCCAACAGGCUGAAGUCUCAAGUAAAGCUACCCAACAGGCUGAAGUCUCAAGUAAAGCUACCCAACAGGCUGAAGUCUCAAGUAAAGCUACCCAACAGGCUGAAGUCUCAAGUAAAGCUACCCAACAGGCUGAAGUCUCAAGUAAAGCUACCCAACAGGCUGAAGUCUCAAGUAAAGCUACCCAACAGGCUGAAGUCCCAAGUAAAGCUACCCAACAGGCUGAAGUCUCAAGUAAAGCUACCCAACAGGCUAAAGUCUCAAGUAAAGCUACCCAACAGGCUAAAGUCUCAAGUAAAGCUACCCAACAGGCUGUACCUACAUCUGAAGCCACUAGACAGACAUUAAUAUUCCCAUCAGCUGAAGCCAACCAACAGACUGUACCACCUGUUAAAGGUUCUCAGAAUGUACCUGCUGAAGUAAUUCAACAGACUGAGAUAUGCCUGCCAGCUAAAGCCAUUCAACAGACUGUACAACCUAUUAAAGAGUCUGAGGCACCUGUACCUACUGCAACAACAGCAGUCCAAGAUGUGCAGCUUUCAGUAGAUGUCAUAUCAGAUAUAAUCAGUCAGCUUGAAGCUUUUGAUGGCGAGCCAGAUUUAUCCAAUAAAAAAAUGGAGCAGUAUUCAGGGACAAAUAAAGUAAAGCAGAAAAAGAAACAUUUUGAAGAGCAAAUGUUAACUGACGAAAAAAUAUCUUCAGUGAUAGCUGACACACCCAAGUCUGUUUCACCUGUCGUCAUAGAAAAAUUAUAUACUGCUACAAAAUUAGGAUAUAAUGAAACUAGAGAAAAGGAAAAGGAUAGUGUAGUUAACCACAGCAGAAAAUCUUUACAAAAACCCUCACUGCAGCCAAAGUCUAAAAAGGGCGCCUUGUCUCAUAAAAAGUUAAGUGUAUCAAUGAAAUGUAAAGAUCAAGAUUCUUCUAAAGAAACCAAAGGCAAAUGUGUUGUUGCAGACAUGAAUUCAGACAAAACUGCAGAAAACAGUGGGUUAUUAAGGAAGAAUAAUGGUGCUUCUGUAGAUACUGGAGAGGAAAGGAAAAUGAAUUAUACACAUUCAGACUCUGCAAAAGUUAGCAGAACAUUAAAAAGUAGGUUGGAUACAGGUGCAUACAAAAGUACCAGUGCUAAUAUUCAGCAGGUCUUUUCUGCAAAAGACUCCAGCAAGACUGGGAUAAAGUUAAAAGCUACAUAUAAAAUUAAACCUAGAUACAACGUAGAGAGUGAUAGCGAUGAUGCCACAUCACUAGACAGGGAAACUCUCAGUUCCAGUGACACCAGUGAUAAUGAAACAUUAAAUAGUGAACUUUUGAACAAAAACAAGAGCAUAAAUUCUAAAGAUAGAAGGCUAGUGCUAAAUAAACAUUGCAGCAGCACUGAUAGUAAAAGUACUGCAAGCAGAAGAUCAGACAAAAAAUGUCUGCGUACGAGUGAUAGUGAUGAGAGUAUUUUAAACAGUAAACAUAGAAACAGGCCAAAAAGUGAGAGUGGAAGUGACAGAAAAAUGUUGAAAAAUCGACAUCAAAGCAGCAUUGACAGCCAAACCGAUGAUAGCAGCACAUCAUACAGCAAAAAUCAAUGUACCCGUGACUCUGAAGAUUUUAAUACCUGUGUGUUAAAUAAUGUCUAUCACAAGAGCAAUACAAAUAGAAAAUCAGUUAGUAAACACAGACAUGGCUCUGACAAGAAAAAUAAGAGUAAUUGCCAAAGUAUAAGCAGUGAUGAGAAUGACAAAAGCAGUUCAGUAAGUGGCAAACAUCACUUGACAAACAGCAGUAAGAAUGAUAACAGCACAUUAAAGAAAAAACAUGAAAACAGUAUCGGCAGGAAGACAGACAAUGACAGUGAUAAUGCUGAUAUUGGCCAACCAUCAAGAAGGAAGCGUAAACAUAGCAAGGACAAGAGAGAAAGCACUAAAAAACACAGAUGUUCAUCACCAUCAAACGAGAUAGGUUCCAGGCGAGAGAAAUCGGAAUCAAGAGAAAGUAAGAAAGGAACAAAGAGAAGACAUGAUGCAGAAUCUUCCAAACUAGUAUCCAAAGAUAAUCCAUCUGGGUCCCCAACAGACCUUUAUUCAAACAAGAAACAAAAAAGGAAGGACAAUGACUUGAUAGUCAGUAAGGCUAAACAGAAGGAAGACAUGCAUUCAAUAAAUGAAGAUGCAAAUAUGCUAGAGCAUGAAGAAAGCAGCAAAGUGUGUUAUGUGAUAAAGAGAACUGAAACAAAAAUGGUGAUUGGAAUCAGUAAAGAUGCCCAACCAGCACUUAAUUUGGGCAAGGAAACCCCAAAAGUUAUGCCAUAUUCUUUCCAUGGAGUUCGAAGCAAAGAUUUAACACAGCUGUUAACCACAAGUGGUGAGGAGAAAAGUCACGGAGCAAGUUCUGUAUCUUUAAGUGAUAGUCAGAUUGAAGAAGCUACAGGACUGGCUCCUAUUAGUGGCAGACACAGUAGCCUAGUAACCAGUGGUAGUUGUCAUCCAAAUGAGCAACUUACGAGCUCAGUAACCAGUGGUAGUGGUCGUACACAUGAGCAACUUAAGAGCUCAGUACCCAGUGGUAGUGGUCGUACACAUGAUCAACUUACGAGCUCAGUAACCAGUGGUAGUGGUCAUCCACAUGAGCGACUUACUAGCCUAGUACCCAGUGGUAGUGGUCAUCCACAUGAGCGACUUACUAGCCUAGUACCCAGUGGUAGUGGUCAUCCACAUGAGCGACUUACUAGCCCAGUACCCAGUGGUAGUGGUCAUCCACAUGAGCGACUUACUAGCCCAGUACCCAGUGGUAGUGGUCAUCCACAUGAGCGACUUACUAGCCCAGUACCCAGUGGUAGUGGUCGUCCACAUGAGCGACGUACGAGCCCAGUACCCAGUGGUAGUGGUCAUCCACAUGAGCGACUUACUAGCCCAGUACCCAGUGGUAGUGGUCGUCCACAUGAGCGACGUACGAGCCCAGUACCCAGUGGUAGUGGUCAUCCACAUGAGCGACUUACUAGCCCAGUACCCAGUGGUAGUGGUCGUCCACAUGAGCGACGUACGAGCCCAGUACCCAGUGGUAGUGGCCGUCCACAUGAGCGACUUACAAACCCAGUACCCAUGAACAUAGGUGACCGUGGGUUUGGGUUUCAGCAUAUUACUAGUGCCCAAAACAAUAAUAUGAAACUGCAAAAAGUUACCAGGCAUCUUCUUGGAGAGUAUUGCCAACCGAGCAUCUGUAAUGAUCCUUAUGUAUGCCUUAAGAAUUGCUGGCAACGGCUUAAUCUGAUGCCUUGGGAGGACCCCAUGCGCUCUCGGAGCUUCAACUGGGAGUUGAACUUACGAAGGAUGAUUAUGUGUCUCAAUAUACCCCCCCACCUUGUAUCAAAAUCCCUCAUUUAUCAAACCAUGGAAGAGGAGCCAAAUGUUGCUAAAUUUUAUGAUAAUAUGCGUGAAGUUAAUUAAAAAUAAAAGGAUACAAAAUAUGCCUUAAUCUUGUAUAAUGUUAAAUUGCUUACAUAUAUAUAUUUCAAAUUA